AUGUGUUCAUGAUUCCGAUUCUCACUAGAACCUUAGCUAAAUCAUCACGAGCAAACAUGGUUGAGUGGACAGAUGAAGAGCGCGCAGCCAUCUCCGACAUCUUCUCCAAGCUAGACUAUGACGAAGUUGGCCAAAAGUGCCUGUCAAGGUGUCUGAUCGUGUACCCCUGGACCCAGAGGUACUUCGGGGCCUUCGGCAACCUGUACAACGCAGAGGCCAUCAUGAACAACCCUCUGAUCGCUAAGCACGGUACCACGGUGCUGCGCGGUCUGGAGAGAGCUCUGAAUAACAUGGACGACAUAAAGAACACCUACGCGGAGCUGAGCGUUCUGCACUCCGAGAAACUGCACGUGGAUCCCGACAACUUCAAGCUGCUGUCUGACUGUCUGACCAUCGUCAUCGCCGCUAAGAUGGGCACCACCUUCACCCCCGAGUAUCAGGCAUCCUUCCAGAAGUUCUUGUCUGUGGUGGUUUCUGCUCUGGGCAAGCAGUACCACUAGAGUCAGUCCUCCAUACCUGACAGAGGAGACGUGUUUCACUCCUCAAUGAAAAAAUAAAAGAAGUAUAGAAGCA